GGCCCGGUAUCCGGGUAAGAUGGCCGCAGUCGGAGAGUGCUCGAUCCCCGUUCCGUGGAAUUCGGUGUCUCUGACUCACGUCGAGUACCCGGCAGGUGACUUCACUGGCCAUCUUCUCGCCUACCUUAGCCUGUCCCCUAUCUUCAUCAUCGUGGGCUUCCUCACCCUCAUUGUCUUCAAGAGAGAGCUCCACACGAUCUCUUUCUUAGGUGGGCUAUGUUUCAACGAAGGGGUAAAUUGGCUAAUCAAGAACAUUGUCCAGGAACAGAGGCCUUGCCCAGAAGCUCACCUGUCUGUCCACUCGAAGUACGCAAUGCCUUCCAGCCAUUCCCAAUUUAUAUGGUUUUUCUCUGUCUAUUCAUUCCUCUUCCUUUAUUUAAGGAUGCACCAAACCAACAAUGCCAGGUUCCUGGACUUGCUUUGGAGACACCUGUUGUCCGUCUGCCUUUUAACCUUGGCCUGUCUAGUGUCAUACAGCAGGGUUUACUUACUGUAUCACACCUGGAGUCAAGUUGCCUACGGAGGGUUUGUAGGAAGUUUCAUGGCUGCCCUUUGGUUUCUCUUCACGCAGGAAAUCCUAACGCCGUUGUUCCCAAGGAUAGCUGCAUGGCCGCUAUCCGAGUUUUUCCUAAUCCGGGACACCAGCCUCAUCCCCAACAUUUUAUGGUUCGAAUACGCGGUCAGCAGAGCAGAAGCCAGGAACCGGCAGCGUAAACUGGGCACCAAGCUACAAUGAACGCCCACGUCUCUGGAAUCGGACUACGCACUUCUGUAUCCCGGCAGGCUGGAACGGAGACACCCUGCCCAGAUCUUUUGAGGACGUAGCAAGGCGGCUUUGACGAGGCGGAUGGACGUGACUGGGCGAAGGACAAACACCGAAGACCCCAGAGGCCUUUUCCAACGCGCUGGAUUAAUCCUGCUGCAUGCCGAGUCCGUUCGCGAGCGGAAAACCAUUUAUAUAUCGCAGGCGCACAGCGUUAGACUGGAUGAUGCACCGGGAAGCAAUUUUUUUGGGGGGGGGUGAGGGGGGGGCCCACAAGUACCUCUAAAUUGGAUUGGGGGGGGAGAGAAGAAAAGGCUGAAGCCGGCCGUUGGCGUAGUCCAUCCACUUCAGCCGAGCUUGCGUUCAGACACUGGAUGUCGGUCGGUUGUACCUGUGAAUAUUUAAGUUGGGGCCUGGGGGGGGGGACCACGUACGCCUUUUAUUGGGGGGGGGACACACGCCCGAUACAGCUCUGUGACUUUUCUAUUGAAUUUCUUUUCUUUUUUUUUUACAAAAGAACAGGAAGAAGAAGAAGGAAAAAAAAAAAGGCAAUUUGCAGCAUGCAAUCCACACACUAUUUAUAUAAUCAUGGGUUCAGUUAGGCGAAGUGGGAAACAGCGGGGUUUGAACCUGCUUUUCCCCGGGGUGCGGUGGCGGGGGAACGGCCAGCUCGCAGUCACUGAAAAAUAAUAGAGUUAAGAGGGAAAAUGAAUCAAGGUUAGAGAGAAAGAGGAUUCUGCACUCGGUUGAAGUCAAGGGCGCCCAACCUUGAUGGCUUUUAAGACUUGUGGACUGCUGAGGAAUUCUGGGAGUUGAAGUCCAGGGGUCUUUCGAGUCGCCAAGAUUGGGCCUCUUGGCUUAAGCAGUCUGCAGGUUGCUUUGAGUACAAGUGCUUUUCCUACACACUUCACUAAAGCGACCCGACAACCUUAAUUAAAGGAUCUGCAUGUGCUGAUCAAUACAGCAGCAAAAA